AAAGUGUCAUGGACGGCGCUAGUGUAUAGUUAAUUUUUAAUCUGUCAAUAUGGCUUCGAAAGAGAAUAAUCUUUCAAGUUUAUACGCCGAAUUAAAUAAAUUCGGACGUAACGGUGAAUAUGAGAGAGCAUUGAAAGUUGCUAAUAGAAUUCUGGGAAUUUCCCAAGAUGAAGAGGCAGCCAUUCACUGCAAAAUUAUUUCCUUCAUACAAUUAUCCAAGUUCAACGAUGCACUGCAGGUCAUUGCAAAAAAUCCAAAAAUAUCUGUCAAUUUGGAUUUCGAAAAGGCCUACUGUCUCUAUCGCCUGAAUCAAGUAUCCGAAGCUUUGAAAGUUGUUUCAAGUAUUCAAAAUCUAUCUUUAAAAACCAAGGAGCUCAAGGCUCAGAUUCUCUAUCGACUUGAAAAGUAUGAGGAUUGCUUUUCCGUGUAUCGAGAUAUAAUUAAGAACUCCAGUGAUGAUUAUGAGGAUGAGAGGGAGACCAAUUUGGCAGCAGUAUUGGUUCAUCUCACUGCGGAAGGCUCAAGUAUGGACAUCCCACAGCUUCGAGACCACACUUACGAGCUCACUUAUAAUGCAGCAUGCCGUUUAGUGGCCGAGGGAGCCCAAGGGGACCGUCCCAACCUGAUUGAAGCCGAAAAGAAGCUGCGUCUAGCCGAAAAGAUAUGCAAGGAAGCCUUAGAAGAUGACGGCGCCACCGAAAAAGAGAUCUUAGAUGAGCUCGGAAUAAUUAGAGUACAAUUGGGUUACUGCCUCCAGCUCCAGGGACGUGAAAAAGAAGCGCAAGCCCUUUACUCCAACGCCCUAAAAGCCAAACCCGAUGAUAUAGCUCUUGUGGCAGUCGCCAGCAAUAACUUGGUGACCCUCAACAAAGAUCAAAAUGUCUUCGACAGUAAAAAACGAAUGAAAUCGGCGACCCAUGAUGGUCUGGAGCACAAACUGACAUCUCGCCAGCGUUGUAGCAUCGCUUACAAUCAAUGCCUUCUCGCUCUUUAUACAAACCAAGGAGACCACUGCCAACAGCUCUGCAAGAAACUCAUCAAGGACCACCCUGAGAUGUCAGCUGAGGCCACAUUUGUUCGAGCAGUUCAACUGAGUAAAGAGGGAAAACCAAAAGAAGCGGUGAAAAUUCUCCUGGAAGAGUCCGGUGAUAAAGACCUGCCGAUGAAACUAGCAUGUGUUCAGUUACUUCUGUCCCAUGGAGAACGGAAAGAAGCUAUAGGAAUAUUGGAGAACCUCAAUCCCAAUGACAAAGCCCUUCCAGGUAUUGUGAGUGCCCUCGUGACACUUUACAUGGCGGAAAAUAAUCGAGAGAAGGCUUCGGCAGCUCUAAAAGAAACCGUUAACUAUUACAAGAUGAAUAAAGAGGGGACUGGAAAUCUUGGAAUGCUCUGGAGACAAGCAGCGGACUUCCACCUCCGUGGAGGUGAGGUCCAAAUAGCCGCGGCGAGUCUCGAGUCUCUGCUGGAAGCCUCUCCAUCCGACACAAAGACUCUGGCACAAUUGGUAGUGGCUUAUGCUCAAUUCUCUCCAGCGAAGGCUCAAGCUCUAUCGAAACAAUUGCCUCCACUUGAUCAUCUUGCUGAGGCAAUCGAUGUGGAUGCAUUAGAGACGAGUAACUGGGUCAUUGGGACAAAAGUGGUGAAGAGGAAACUGGAGCCAUCCCCUGGGAAAACAGGAACUGGGACUGGUGGAGAGAUGGAGGGAAAGAAGAAAAAAAGAAAACGUAAGGGAAAAUUACCUAAAAAUUACGACGCCAGUAGUGCUCCUGAUCCUGAGAGAUGGUUACCUAGACAUGAGAGAAGUGGAUUCAGGAAGAAGAGGGACAGACGGAAUAGGGAUGCCACGAUGAAGGGCACACAGGGUGCGGCUGCUGGGGGCAGUGAUCUUUAUGAUAUUACAAAGAUGCCAGGUAAUGCUAAACCUUCACCGAAUCCCCGGCAAAGUCCAGCUGUGGAAAGCUCUGGCCCCAGACAGCAGCAGAGGAAGGUCCAGCAGAAGAAGAAGAAGAAGGGGGGAAAAUGGUAAAAAAAUUGUUGUUCGUGAUUUUAAGAAGAAAUGUAAGUUUUUUGUUGAGUAAAGUGUCAAGAAUAUAUUUUCAAUUCAUCGUUUCCAAGAUGAAUUGAUAAUUAAGAAAACUUUGAAGUCUAACUUGAAUUGUUCUCUUUCUUAUCACUUUGAUUAUAAAACUAUUGCAUCAUUCUGUCGAUAUAUUUGUACAUUGCAUUUACGAAUUUUCUGAGAGAUUUUGUUAAUACAGUAAUGAAGUAGAAAUAAAUUGAGAUGAAUCUGCAGUA